AAGUCGAAUUGAGUUAUUGCACACGAGCACUUCACAGGGUAGGCAUUCCCUAACGGAAAUAUGCUAAAUAUAAACUAGAACGCGACAAUAGGAUAGCGCUAGCGCUUGCUUGGCUCUGCCCACCUCCUUGCUUGUUUUGCCCACUAUGACUAUUUUGUUCCCAUUGGAAAUGACAAGCUAAGGUUUAUCUUGGUUAUAGAAAAGUCUUUGGUGGGCCCUUCUUUGAGCACGCACACGUCUGUGCCCGGUUGGUUAACUUUGCUAGCUCAUUGAUGGACCAUAGUAGAAGAAAAUGACAGAUUACGCUGAGGAGCAGCGAAACGAGCUGGAAGCUAUAGAGUCAAUUUACCCGGACUCGUUUACAGUGCUAUCAGAGGUGCCCAGCAGCUUCACCAUCACUGUGACAUCGGACGCAGGGGAAAACGAUGAAACGAUUGAAGUGACUCUACAGUUCACCUAUGUGGAGAAGUAUCCCGAUGAGGUGCCGCUGUGGGAGAUAUACUCCCAGGAGAACCUGGAGGAUUCAGACGCAGAGGGCAUCCUCACCUUACUGCAGCAGCAGGCUGAGGAAAACCUUGGAAUGGUGAUGAUAUUCACCCUAGUUACAGCAGUUCAGGACAAACUGAACGAAUUAGUCGACGAGAUAAAAAACAGAAGAGAGGAAGAGAAGAGGCGAAAAGAGGAGGCAGCGGAGGAGGCUGAGAAGGUGCUCUUCCAAGGAACAGUGGUCACCAUCGAGAACUUCCUGUCAUGGAAAGCCAAGUUUGAGCUGGAGAUGGCUGAGUUGAGGAGGAAACGGCAGAAAGAGGAGGAACAACAGCAGGCUGGAAAGAUUAAACUCACAGGAAAAAAGCUAUUUGAGACCGAUCACAAUCUUGACACAUCAGAUAUACAGUUCCUGGAAGAUUCUGGAAACAGUGUUGAAGUGGACGAGUCCCUCUUCCAGGACCUUGAGGAACUUGACCUGGAUGAAGACGACCCUGACUUUGACCCUCUGGCACUGGGCAGUGAUGAGGACUGAACUAGGAAGAAGAGAAAGAUGCCAUGGGCAUGUUCCAGGCAGACAUGUUUUCAAAUACUAUUUAUAAUCUUUAAAAUACUUUGAGCAUUUGCUCUAGCCUGCCUGGGGUGCCAGAUGAAUGGGGAUUGCAGUGUCUUGACUAUUUUAUUGGUUCCAUUGCGCCUGGCAAGCUCAAUCAAGCCCAGAAGAAAGCAUUUGAAAUGAUUUGAAAUAGUAUUUGAAACCAGGUCCGGUCCCAGAUCAUCUUUAUUGCAGUCACGUUGUGCCGCACAGAUUCAGAUCCCCCAAUGCCUGGGGAAGUGUUUUGCAUCUCAGGAAUGACAUCAAUGAGAUAUAGAAUUCUUCUGAGAUGCGUAGCACGACUGUAGUAUUUACGACUUUGAACGCAACCGAUACUAACAGGAGGGGAUCAUCACAGGAAGGGGAGUCACCGUAUCUGACCAAGCACAGAGAAGACAACCAAUAACACCCACAUUUGUUCUAAACGUGAACUAUAACUUCAGUUGACUGUAAACACAAUCACCUCAAGGCAUUUAUACACCCUUGUCAAUGAGUUGAUUUAUACCCGGAUGCCAUUAAAGAUGCACUAUGCAGAAAUCUCUUCACCAUUUCCUGGUCACAAAUAUUCUAGUUUGCUUAAUUUCAGUUUGACAAAACAAGUAUAGUGUAGAGAAUCAUUGUACCAUCUGAACCUCUGUGAAAUGUAUUUUCCAUAAACAAAAAUUGUCAGCUGUUUGAAGCUGGUGUACAAAACAAAAGAUAAACAGGUAGCAUAGAAAUAGCUCGCAUAGAACAGAUCUACUGCUUCUUAGAGUUGCUUUCAAUGUGAAUGAAAGAUCCAUAACUAGCAUUUGUGAAUUUUGUGUUAAGUGCUUUUCUUGGAUGUGGGGGACUAAGACCUUUACAUUGCCAUCUAGAUAAUCUGAAUGUGGAAAAAUAGAGAAUAAGUGCUUGCCGGCUUGGAAUUCACAAGGCAGUUGUAGAAACCCUGACUGACCCACAGAGGGCAGCAGCACAUUUUGUUACAGAACAUAACUUUCAAAAGACACUGGUUGAAUUCACUGUUUAUUCUAUCACCAUAUAGCUAAAAUGAGUCAAGACAAUUGCUUUUAGAAAUAUAUAUUUCAAUUCUUAACUUUAUGAAUACGUUUUUUAUACACAUUAAAAAACGACUGAAACUGG